AUGAGGCGAUCGAGCUGCGAGUACACCUCCUGCUACUGCGAGGAGAACGUUUACCUUCUCUGCAAGCAACUUUGUCAACCGCCUCUCAGCCAAAGUGUGGAGAAAGCAUGGGCGAUCUGGAUAUCAAAUGAGAACAAGACUGUUGCUGUUUGGAGGCAGGGAGGAGGAGGAAGAGCGUAUGAUGAGGAAGGGCUGGCGGUAUGGGAUUACCAUGUCAUAUGUGCAGUCAAGUAUCAGGACAGAAGCCCUGUCAUCUACGAUCUCGACACGACCCUGCCAUUUCCUUCUCCCUUGCAAGCCUACAUCAGGCGAGCCUUUCGACCGCAGGCCAGUAUCCGCAGCAGCUUUCGUCCUCGCUUCCGAGUAGUUGAAGCGCGGCAGUACCUAGAAAAUUUCUCGUCCGACCGGUCGCACAUGUUGAAGGCGGGAGGAGGAGGAGAGUUUGUUGCGAAACCUCCCAGCUAUCCUUGCAUCCUGCGAGCGAGCGGAGAGAACAACGUGAUGAAGUUCGCGGACAUGUGCGACUUGACCAUGCCAGGGGUUGUGGUGGACCUGCCUUCCCUUGUCUCAGCUCUGCGAUGA